AUGAAGUUUUUGUGGGCUCUAUUUCUACUUGGGGCACCCGGUGCCUUCGCACUGCCGCGUGCUUCGUCAAGUGCUUCUGGCCAGAAUGGAGCCGGUCGACCGACUCAAUCGUCGACGCCGUUUUUGUUACCCCAAAGCACGGCCGUUUCCCAAAACCCAUCGGUUCUCACGCCCCUGGUCUCAUCCACGUCUUCUUCGUCGUUGUUGAUCUCUGCUACCUCAACUCCAACCGCAGCCGUUCAUGCCGUGACCACAUUGUCAACUUCCAGCGAGUACGAAUUCCCCACCGAAAAGGUUGGUCCGGUAGCAACUCUGGCGCCAGUUGUCCCGUCUGAUCACGAUUUGACCAAUGUGAAUCACCUCACUCCCGCCAAACCGGGCUCGGGUGCACCAAUGCACUAUGCCCAGGAAGGAGAAGAAGACACCGCCGGAAUCUUUGCUAUCGCCACGCCUAAAUGGAUUGCACCCUCGGUUGUCUUGGACCAUUCUGUCUUCAUUGCGAGCGUUGAAGUGCAUCUCGGGAACCUGUUGAUUACCUUCACAGAUGCGUUUUCGUUCGGGCACAGCUCUGGUAGCUGGAGGUUGGAUGAGAUGAUCUUCAUCACUUACACGCCCAACUGUGGGGACUAUGACCUGGGCCAGCGGUGCUACUUCCAUGCCACUGAAAUUACAUUCGACAUUAACACACUUAGUGUCAAGGCUCUUGGUCAGGCCCGACCUAUUGAGGACAUCGUGAUCGACAUCAACGUAGUCUGGGGUCCCCUAGGGUACCAGGGCUUCGAUUACGUGUCGCCAACAGUGUCUGCUCCGGCCGGCCCAGGUGUAACUGGAUCUACCACUUCUGGGAAUGGCGGCUGUGGGGCUAGCGGAGACGGCUCUAGCGGAGACGGCUCUAGCGGAGACAGCUCUAGCGGAGACAGCCCUACCUCUACCGGCCCUACCUCUACCGCGUACUCGGUGAUGCCAACAACGACGGGAACCUGCGUUGCUCCAGUUGAUACCAAGUAUGGCCUGCCCACUGCCUGCCUUGGACCUGAUUUCGACGACACUCUGGAUAGCGGUCUUGGCUAUUUCAACGUCAGUCAGGUUGCCGACAAGUCUGCGAUCCUGGAUGUCGUUACUGACGACGAAUGGGACUCAUCACCACUUACGAAACGAAUCUCGCUGGCCAGUCUGAACCCCAUUCCGUUCAUAAAGAACAGUGGCAAGAAAAUCGGCACUGCCGUGGCCACUGGCAUCAAAACAGUUGAAACCAAGGUUCAGUCAGCAGCACAGGCCGCCAAGAAAAAUAUUGUCAAGGUCGGCGCAGCCGUUGUGGAUGCGACCAAGACAGUGGUGGAUCUUACCGGGAAAAUCAUCAAAGGCGAGCCUAUUACCAAAUCGGCUGAGUUUGACAAGCUGCUUCUUCCUCGACCGGCCAAGGAAUGCAAGGAUUCCGAGAAGGACGGCAACCAGUCGAAGAACAUGAAGAACGCCUGCAAACCAAAAGAUGACUCCAAGGCUGUCCAGUCGCCAUGGGGAGAGGAUGCGCUGCUGAUCAAGUCCAUCGGCAAGCUCCCUGAUACCAAAGAUCUGUUGCCCAAAGGAGGAAAGAAGCAGACCACUGUUACGCAAGCGAACUUUAUCAACUUUUACUGUGUCAAGUGUGGCCUGUCCGGCUCACUCAAGGCCAACGGUAACGUCACUAUCUCGAUUACGGACGGUAUCAAGGAUGGCAGAGUAUCUGCAGAGCUUGGUCUAUCUGCAGGUCUCGGUCUCGGCAUUUACGCCCAGUACUACCGCGAAGAUAAAUUCCGAAACAACCUGUAUGACAUCCCACUGUCACCAUUCACCUUGGGCUUCAUCACAGUUGGUCCGGUUCUUUCUUUGGGAACCGAGCUCAAAUACAACGUCAACAUGACAGGAAGUAUGCUAGCGCGGACUGACCUUAACAUCGCCAAGGCCACUUGGGAAUAUGACUGGAAGAAGGGGCAAAGUACCUCGACCGGCUUCAAGCCCGAAUUUGUCCCGAGCCUACAGGCCAACGGCUCCGUGGCGCUCGGUGUUCAAUUUGGUCUACCCGUCGGCCUUGAGUUUGCGUUGACCACCUUCAAUGGCUGCACGAAGUGCAAGGGUGCUGUUGGUAUCGAAACUAUGCCGUCCAUCAAGGCGGCCGCUCAAGUCGCUCUCGCGGCCACCUUGAACAACGACACGAAAACUGCAGGUCUGGAAGCUGUGAACAACUGCACCGGUAUUUCAACAACGCUCAGUGUUCGGAACGACGUCAGCGCCACAUUCAAGGGUUUCGGUUUUGUCGAGAAGAAUUGGCCACUGUUUGAGACGGAUGACUACAUCAUUGCCUCGUACUGCAUCGGGUAA